UUACACUGCGAACAACAAAACAACCAAAACAACAAACGUGUUCGGUUCGCUUGGCUCCAAAAAAGAUUUAAAUAAAUUAACAAAAAUGCCGACGUCGUGCUAUUAACUGUGUGUCGUGUGCCAGUGCCGUUUUUUGUGUAUCGUUUUGUUUGCCAAAAAUAAAUAAAUAAAAUAAACUAAACUAAAUGAAACAUCGUGUGCCUGAACGCGUCGCAAAUUACGCAAAGCCACCAGAAUCAUUAAAAAUAUUAUAUUUCGCAUGUAAUUAAACUAACUACUCGCCAUGUGACAGCGACGUGUAUUGAUAACAGUUACAAAAUUCCAUAAAUUAAUAAAUGCGAUCUGCUGCUCUGUGUCUUUUUCACUUUAUGGUCUAUUUUUAUUGUUUAUCCCAGACCACAGAACAGCCAGAGCACAGUUUUUCAGGAGACCGACAUAAUAACCAUUAAAGCAAUUACAACAAUUAUAAACAACAAUAUCGAAAUGAGCAAUACGAAACGCAUGAACUUGAGAAACAAAUAAAAGCAUUCGUGAUCCAAUAUUCCGCCAUAUCCAGGUAUUAAUAGUGUCUAAAAUAAAGGCGGCCAUCAAAUAACAAGAACAACACAAGAACCAUCUGUGGAUUCCACCGUCAUUCAGCAUCGCAUAUACGGAGAAUCAAGUAUUACUCGGCCAGCUCUUCCGCGUGGCCCCAUUUUCUCCUCCGAGUGCUAUCCGAGUGUUUGCCCAGAAUCACCUCAACCAUCGUCGGCGUUGUCUAGUUGCUGUCACACAUGUUGGGUAAAUUCACCUCAAACCAUGUCCAGGUAUACCAUCAGUACUCGAGACCAGCGCCCGUAAAGAAGCCCGUUAAGCACCAGCCGCGCAGUUGGAUCGAGACAAACUUCCAGAAGCGCGAGUGCAUCAAAUUCAUACCAUGCCCAAAGGACGAUACAAAAUGCUGUUGCGGCCAGGCCCAGAUCACACAUCAGACGAUACCGGGCAUCGACAGCGGCUCACCCGGCGACCUUUGGCUGCCCACGAAGCACACCCGCCCCCAGCCGACGGACGCGUACGGCACCAUCGAGUUCCAGGGGGGCGCCCAUCCCACAAAGGCCCAGUAUGUCCGACUGUCCUUCGACACGCGGCCAGAACUCCUGGUGCAGUUAUUCACAAAGGAAUGGAACCUGGAAUUGCCAAAACUUUUGAUCACCGUGCAGGGCGGCAAGGCCAACUUUGAUUUGCAGGCCAAGCUGAAAAAGGAGAUACGCAAAGGACUGUUGAAGGCGGCAAAGACCACAGGAGCAUGGAUUUUCACCGGCGGCACCAAUACCGGAGUCACCAAGCAAGUGGGCGACGCUCUGCUCCUGGAGGGUCAACAGCGGACAGGAAGAGUGGUCAGCAUCGGCAUCGCUCCCUGGGGCAUCGUCGAGCGCAAUCACGAGCUGUUGGGGCACAACCGCGAGGUGCCCUGCCACAGCAUUAGUUCGCCGAGAUCCAAGCUGGCGGUGCUCAACAAUCGACAUGCCUACUUCCUGCUGGUGGACAAUGGCACGAUGGCCAAGUAUGGCGCUGAGUUGAUCCUGCGGCGCAAGCUGGAGAAGUUCAUAUCCAAUCUGAAACUACACCCAUUCACACAUUCCAGUACGCCCGUCGUCUGUCUGGUGAUCGAGGGCGGCACCAACACGAUACGUGCGGUGCUCGAGUACGUGACGGAUUCCCCGCCGGUUCCGGUGGUCGUGUGCGAUGGAUCCGGUCGUGCCGCCGACCUGCUUGCCUUCGUCCACAAAUAUGCCUCGGAUGGGGAGGAGCAGCCGGUGCUCGAGUCCAUGAGGGAUUAUCUCAUGGGUACCAUACAGAAGACCUUUGAAGUGGGCCAGGACCAAUCCGAGAAGCUGUACCAGGAACUGCUUCAGUGUACCCGCAACAAAAAUCUGAUUACCGUCUUUCGCAUACAGGAAAAGCCCGAGGGCGAGGCACAGGAGCUGGAUCAAACCAUCUUAACGGCCCUCUUCAAGUCGCAGCAUUUGAGUCCUCCGGAGCAAUUGAGCCUGGCCCUGACAUGGAACCGGGUGGACAUAGCGCGCAGCGAGAUAUUCGUCUAUGGACAGGAAUGGCCCAACGGCGCGUUGGACGAGGCCAUGAUGCAGGCCCUGGAACACGAUAGAAUCGAUUUUGUCAAAUUACUCUUGGAGAACGGCGUUUCGAUGAAGAAAUUUUUAACAAUACCGCGCCUCGAGGAGCUCUACAAUACAAAACACGGUCCAGCCAAUACACUGGGUUACAUCCUGCGCGAUGUCCGACCGCAUAUACCCAAGGGCUACAUUUACACGCUCCACGACAUUGGACUGGUGAUCAAUAAACUAAUGGGUGGAGCAUAUCGAUCCUAUUACACGCGCCGCAAAUUCCGGCCCAUCUACGCCAAGGUUAUGAACAGCUAUGCAAAUGCCUGUCGCAAGUCCUCGACGUACCAGUACCAGCGCUACGCCGGAGCCAAUUCCCUCAGCCUGGUCACUGGCCUGUUGCCCUUCACCUCGGAGAUGGCCCUCUUCGAGUUUCCCUUCAACGAGCUACUGAUCUGGGCCGUGCUGACCAAGCGGCAACAGAUGGCCCUGCUGAUGUGGACACACGGCGAGGAGGCUCUGGCCAAGUCACUGGUGGCCUGUAAACUUUACAAGGCCAUGGCUCACGAGGCUGCCGAGGACGAUCUGGACACUGAGAUUUACGAGGAGCUGCGCUCCUAUGCCAAGGAGUUUGAGAGUAAAGGCAACAAAUUGCUGGACUUCAGCUACCGACAGGAUGCGGAGAAGGCUCAACGCCUGCUCACCUGCGAACUGCAUUCGUGGUCGAACCAGAGCUGCCUGUCCUUGGCCGUGGCUGCCAACCACAGGGCCCUCCUGGCACAUCCCUGCAGUCAGGUUAUCCUGGCGGAUCUCUGGAUGGGUGGUCUCCGCACUCGCAAGAACACCAAUUUCAAGGUCAUCCUGGGUCUGGUCAUGCCACUGUACAUCAGGCAGCUGGACUUUAAGUCCAAGGAAGAGCUCCAGCAAAUGCCGCAGACCGAGGAGGAGCAUCUGGAGAACCAGAAUCUGGACAACGACGACUCGGACCGCUCCCAGCCGGAUGCUGAGAGCGCCCUAUUAAAAGCCAAAAGGUCCAUUUCCUUGAGAUAUAGGAUGGGCGCGGGUGCUAAUAAUCGCGACAAGGCUCUAUUGGCGGAUACUUACUCAGUGCGCGAUACAAAAGUACACGAAAAUGGCAAAGUUAAUCUCACUGCUGGAGCGGAAGAACAGCCCUCCAAAGUCUCGCUCACGGACUCGGAUCCUGCCCAGUUCAGGGAGUUCUUUAAUCUCUCCGAGUACAACGAGGUUAAGCAGCACCAGCCACUCCGCCUGAAGAAGAAGUUCUACGAGUUCUACACGGCACCCAUUACCAAGUUCUGGGCCGAUUCGAUUGCCUACAUGUUCUUUCUGAUAAUGUUCUCCUUCACGGUGCUGGUGAAGAUGGAACCGAUGCCGAGGUGGCAGGAGUGGUACUCCAUAGCAUACAUCACCACCCUGGGUUUUGAGAAGGUGCGGGAAAUAAUAUCCUCGGAACCUGUGGCCAUUACGCAUAAAUUCUCGGUGUGGGCGUGGAAUAUGUGGAAUCCGUGCGACGGCGCUGCCAUAAUACUCUUUCUCAUCGGAUUGACAUUUCGCUUUCGUUUCAAUACGAUGGAUAUUGGACGAGUCAUUUACUGUGUGGACAGCAUCUACUGGUACCUGCGCAUCCUUAAUAUCCUGGGUGUCAAUAAGUAUCUGGGUCCCCUGGUCACCAUGAUGGGUAAAAUGGUCAAGAACAUGAUAUAUUUCGUGGUCCUCUUGGCCGUCGUCCUGAUGAGCUUUGGCGUUAGUCGACAGGCCAUCCUCUUUCCCGACAAGCAGCCCACUUGGGGUCUCAUCAAAGAGGUUAUUGCCGGCUCGAUAGUGGCCCCAGGAUUUUUAGGUGCUUUGGGUCACAAUACCCGGUCGCAUAAUGCCCGAGGAGCUGCCUUUGGACCGCAUUUCAGUUCCAGCUCGAGCUCCUUUGCCGCCGGCUACCACCGGGGCCAUGCAGCCGCCAGUGGCAGCACCUCUACAAGCACCGCAAUGCCAUCGCCACCAAUGCCAACACCUGCAACACCCACAGCACCCAAUGCAACAUCUGCUGACUCUGAUUCCGAUGCUGCUGCUGCAACAACUGCAACAUACAAUGAGCCCUCGAAUUUGGCCAGCGGCAACUUGACAAAUGUCACCUUCCAACCAUACUUUAUGUUGUACGGAGAGGUGUUCGCCGGCGACAUAGACCCUCCCUGCGGCGAGAAUCCCAGCCAGCCGAGCUGCGUUACGGGACAUUGGGUGACGCCGAUAACGAUGUCCAUGUAUCUGUUGAUUGCCAAUAUUUUGCUUAUAAAUCUCCUCAUCGCCGUGUUCAAUAAUAUCUUCAACGAGGUCAACUCGGUGUCACACCAGGUGUGGAUGUUCCAGCGAUUCACCGUCGUGAUGGAGUACCAGCAGAAGCCCGUCCUGCCGCCGCCGUUCAUCUUCCUGUGCCACUUCUACUCCCUGCUCAAGUACUGUGUGCGAAAGGCGAAAGGAUUGGAGGUGCAGCGGGACAAUGGUCUCAAGCUCUUCCUGGAAAAGGACGACCUGGAGCGGCUGUACGACUUCGAGGAGGAGUGCGUCGAGGGCUUCUUCCACGAACAGGAAAUCAUCCUCAACCAGUCGACCGAUGAGCGGGUGAAGAACACCACCGAGCGUGUGGAGACGAUGGCCCAGAAAAUCGAGGACAUCAAUCAAAAGGAGAACAUUCAGACCGCCACCGUUCAGAACAUUGAGUUCCGUCUGCGAAAGAUGGAGGAGUCCUCGGAGCAGAUACUAUCCCACCUGGCGGUCAUACAUCGUUUCAUGUCCACACACACUGCCGGCACGGAUGAUUUGCGCGGCUCGACGAUAAACAUUCCGGGGGAGUUGCACCGCAUGCGCACCAUUUCAAUGUCGGACACCGAAGGCGGUGGAGGCAUUGGUGGAGCCGGAGGCGGAGGAGGUCCUGGCGGCAAUGGUGGCAAUGGAGGCGGUGGGGGUGGAGCUUUGACACUGGGCGCUGGACUGAAUUUAAAUUCGCUGCAGGUGACCACACGGAGGCGUUUCAAUCGCUCGCUGACCGAAGUCCGGCCAGAUGCCUACAUCCUCGACGAGGGCACCCACUUCGAGGUGGUGCCCCUGCCCGAGGAACCGGACGAGGUGGUCAAGUCCCGGGAGGCACUCAACGAACAGAUGGUGCGCAAGGCGUCAAUGGUAUCGGAGGCGGACUCGGACCUCUAUCUGCCACUUUCGCAACGUCCCUCGACCUGCGAGACUGUGAAGCGAACACCGUAUGUCACUGUGCGCCAGGACACUGGUGCCAGCACGGAGAGCAAGGACACCCUGACGCCGCUGGGCAACAACGACAACUCCGACGAUGCGGCUCCCGACAUCAGCUUUGAGGCUGCCAGGCACCGGGCGAUGCGACAGCGCACUGUAUCCCUGUGCCGCCGGAAUUCGGAGACGUACUCCCUGACGGGGGCGGACAUCAACAGGUCGCACAUCAGCCUCAACCAGUUGGCCUCGCUGUCGCGCCGUCAGAUGAGCCUCACACAAUCGGAGCCGGACAGCGACAAGGACGCCCCGGCUGCCCCACACCCGGGUAAAUCAGUAUUGCAUGCGAAACCCUCCAGAAAUAUCUUGCUGAAACUGCACAGCGAGUACACCUCGAUCACUGACGAGCUGGAGAGUGUCUGCCACAUGAUAGCAUCGCCCACCGUCUCCCUGCAGAGCAACAAAGCUUCUCUGGACCGCCCCAAGACGGAAAUGUCACGGGCCGAGGCGGCCGCAGCACUGGAGAAGAAGCAUCUGAAGGAGUGCGAGGAGAACGACUACAAGAUUCUCGAGGGACUGAUUGAAGCACGCGGCUCCAUCGAUGCCAGUGCCCAGGUCUUUGAGAUUGGCGUUUCCAUCGACUACAGCCAUCGGUAUCCGCUGCGGCGUGAAACAGCCGUGGAACUGUCGCCUUCGAAGCCCUCCGUUGAGGGUGACCUUUUGAGCGGCGGAGGCGGAGGAGAAGGCGGUGGCGGCGACAGUAGUGACACAAGUGGAGCUGGUAGCUGCGGGGCUAUGGUCGUCGCUGCUAGUGGAUUCCAGCUGAAGAACGAACGUCCCUGGCAGCGCAACUCUUCGAUGGAGCAGCAGACUUACCCCUCACCAUUGGUGCCCACUCGGGCCACUAGCGACUUUCUGAAUCCACCUUACGAGGGAACCGGUCGCCUGUUCAAGAAAUCCAGCGAAAGUCUGCAAAAGAACUCCAGCACGGAGACGGACUACUCGGCGCAUCCGUAUCGCUUCAUCAAGCAGAGCUCCAAUGAGACGAACACCUCGCUGACAGGAAGUUACAAUGUGGACACACCAUCCCUCACAGCUGAGCCCUCGCUGGACGCCGGGGACUCGCACUCGGCGACGGGGAUAAGCAUCAGCGUUGGGCCCGCCGGCGGCGGCACUGCCACUGCGCGUUACCAGCCCAUUAGAACAGCGUCCGUGGGCGCGGCCGAUGGGCGGCGGCUGCGAGACGAGAGCUCCAGCUCGCUGGAUCUCAGCUCGGGGCCAGUGACGACGCAGGCGCAGGCGCCGGCGGUGCCAUCGCGACCGAUGCUGCUGAAGAAACAGUUUAGCGUGGACCAGGGCAAGCCGGCGCAGGUAUCCGCCGCUAGUUCGGACACGGCACCCACAGCUGCUCAAACGCCGGAAGCUGCCCAGGUUGGGGCCAAACUGAUUUCCACGCUGAAACCCUUUGCCAGCAAGCUCGGCAUGAACGUGCUCAAGGAGAGCAGCUCCAGCACCGAGGAGUCGGCUGGCUCGACCUCCGCCAAGAGCAGCAACCCGGCACUAGCCAUUCCCCAAAUCAGCACGCAUCUGGUGCAGGACGAGAUCGCCAAGCUGUCGUCGAACAUCAAGAGCAGCACCGAGUCAGAAAAGGAUCCGCCCUUUAACGAGACAAUGUGUUAGCACAUUUCUCUGCGGGAAUUAGUUAGGAAAGCUGGGUGAUAACACUGCUGGAUAACUAGGUUAUAUUAGAUAAUAGAUUAUCAGAUUAUAUAUAUAAAUAGAGAAUGAAUAGAGGGAGUCGCAGGUCGCAGGUUAGGAGCGUGUUAAUGAUUUUGACAAUACAUAGUUCACAAAUUCUCUGUAUUUUUAUACAAGUAUUUAUUUAGAGAGCGUCAUUGUUGUUAUUGUUAGCCGGCAGGAGCAUAUAGGAAUUUCGUUUUAGUUUCUAGUUUCGAAGAAACCACCAAAGAGAGGCGUACGGGGUAAGGCCAGGCACAUAUUCAUUUUAGAAAACUCUCCUAGUUGUAGUCAGUCUUGAACAUAUUGUUGCAUGCAACUGUCACGCAGACAUAUCUGGAAGCAGCCACUCUACUUUAUCAACAAAAAAAACUAAACCGAUUGUACGCACUUACCUCAACGCAAUUAGUAACUUAUCGCAGCCCACAGUACUUGCAACAUUAAUGUAACUCUGCGGAUUCCAGGAAUCCCAUUUUCGCUACGAUAUCAACUCAACUCUCCUCCUCCAAAAGAUAUAUAUGUGCGGCAUUAUCGUCUACUUAGAUAGUCCAUUUUACUUGCUUAUAUACAUAUAUAUAUAUGACCCUAUAUAAAUCAAUGUUUAUAUGUAUAUGAAGAGAAGUUAAAUCGAGUUUUCUGUGUACAAGUACAGCUGCCAUUUUGGGCGGCCUAGUUAUAAAAUAUACCUAGAAAUAUGUAAAUAUAGAGUAAAUGUUAAAUAUGAAGAGAUCGCUAAUAAAUUGUUCAUGUUUGGCCAGUGUGUGCUAAUACUAUAAUUAGUUUUUAACAUAUUUUCAAGGUUUACGAUUAACAAUGCAUUUUAAUAAAGAAACAAAUUCAUGAUUGUACUUAUUUAUUUUAAGGAUUGUAUGUUAUUUUUAUUGAAAUAAAUUUAAUAACACUUUAAGUAUUUAAACCGA